CUAGGGUCGGGGAAGUGAGAUCAGGAAGUGAGAACCAAAGAUGAGUCAAGUUCAGGCUGUGGUAUAAAGGUGACGGGGCAUCUGGAUUCCUCAAUUUCCUCCUUUCCUCGUCCGUAGGUCAGGGGUCCCUUCGCAACUAGGAGCCAGGAUCUCUAUUUGGCCUAUUUAAUGUGGAAGGGGGUGUGCCUACAUAAGCCGGAGGAAACACCUGAACAUGUGGAAUCCCAAUGCCGGGCAGCCAGGACCAAAUCCAUAUCCCCCUAACAUUGGGUACCCUGAAGGUUCCAAUCCUUCCCAUCCACCACCUGUAAAUCCUGCCUAUCCUCCAGGCCCCUUUCCAACUCCCCCAGGAGUUCCCCAGGGGAAUCCAGCUUUCCCCCCAGGUGGGCCCCCUCAUCCUGUGCCACAACCAGGGUAUCCAGGAUGCCAACCCCUAGGUCCCUACCCACCUCCCUACCCACCACCUGCUCCUGGCAUGCCUCUUGUGAAUCCCGUGGCACCCGGCAUGGUAGGACCGGGAAUGGUGAUGGACAAGAAGAUGCGGAAGAAGAUGAAGAAAGCUCAUAAAAAGAUGCACAAACACCACAAGCAUGGCAAGCAUUCCUCCUCCUCCUCCUCCUCCUCUUCCAGCAGUGACUCUGACUGAAUACAGGGCCUGGACCCUUCCCUCAAGCCUCUCCAGUUCUGCUCUCCCAUCAAGCUUCAGAUGCCAUCUUGUACUGGGGAAAAUUAGCCCUUGUGCCCCUUCUCCCUCAUCCCCCAGUCUGAGCCUUACUCUGCUGUUCAGCCCUAACCAGCUAGGGAGAAUGGGAAAAGAAUUGCCAUGGCUAGCAAAGACCGUCUUCUCACUACUUGGGUAGAACUUUUAGCUGAUGAGUUUAGCAGGAGAACUAUUUUUUGAGGAUGGUGAGACCUUGGAGCUGAAUGCCAAAGAUGAGUUUAAGAUCUGUAAAAUGUGAUUUUUUAAAACUUUCUUUUGUAAUACUUGUAGUUGGGAGGUGUGGAAAUUUAAUUAUGGAAAAAAAGAAACUGUGCCGUUUUUGUAAUGGUGGCUGGCACACUUUGGUGAUUUAGUGGCAAAUAGAUUUCCCAGCAGCCUUUAUUGAUUGUACUAACUGUAAGGCUGCUGGGAGGUGGAGUCCAUUUGGCUGAUAAGCUCUGCUUGCCAUUUUGGUAUCUCACUCCUUAGUUCAAUAGACUGGCUUAGGUCCUUCUCAUUCUCCACCUCUCAGUCCAAAUAAAGCUUUUUUUCCUGGUC